ACUACAACAGUCUUUGCCUUUUCCAAAGACACGCACCUACAGAGACCAGCCCAAUUAUGUACUUGACUGAUGAUUGGGUGACUGCUGGUGGCGGUGGUGGCAGCGGGAUUUAGGGGCUGCUGUUUUUGGAGAUUGCGCUAAGCUUGUGGACGUACGAUUUCCCUGACGUAAAAAAAAAAGAAAAAGGAUCUGCACCUAUCCAGUGCUGUGCGCACCACUAGCACACCAACCUCACCAACCACCACACAGCACCACAGCGCAGAGCAGAGGGGGAAGCAGACCAAAACGUUUGACAGAUCGUCAUAAAGUUCUGGGGCGACACAGAACCACCACUUUAUAGGAUGCCUCUUGUAGAGGACGGCACUGGGUGGAAGAAGAAGACGACAGACAUCAAAGAACAUUAUGAUUUUAAAGAAGUGCUGGGGACGGGGGCGUUCUCCGAGGUGGUGCUGGCCGAGGAGAAGGGGACCCAGCGGCUGGUGGCAAUCAAGUGCAUCCCCAAGAAGGCGCUGGAGGGCAAGGAGAACAACAUCGAGAACGAGAUCGCCGUGCUGCACCGAAUCCAGCACACCAAUAUCGUGUCCCUGGAAGACAUCUACGAAAGCACCUCCCACCUUUAUCUCGUCAUGCAGCUUGUUUCAGGAGGCGAGCUGUUUGACCGGAUCGUGGAGAAGGGCUUCUACACGGAGAGAGACGCCAGCCAGCUCAUCCACCAGAUCUUGGACGCAGUCAAAUACUUGCAUGAUAUGGGGAUAGUCCACCGAGAUCUGAAGCCGGAGAACCUGCUGUAUUACAGCAUGGAUGAAGACUCCAAAAUCAUGAUCAGUGACUUUGGCCUGUCCAAGAUAGAGGGUUCUGGCAGUGUGAUGUCCACAGCAUGCGGUACUCCUGGAUAUGUAGCACCAGAGGUUCUGGCUCAGAAGCCUUACAGCAAAGCAGUGGAUUGCUGGUCUAUAGGAGUGAUCUCUUAUAUUCUACUAUGUGGAUAUCCUCCGUUUUAUGAUGAGAACGAUGCAAAGCUGUUUGAGCAGAUCCUCAAAGCGGAGUACGAGUUUGACUCUCCUUACUGGGAUGACAUCUCAGAUUCAGCCAAAGACUUUAUUUGUCACCUGAUGGAGAAAGAGCCUUCGAAGAGAUAUACGUGUGAGCUGGCCCUUCAACACCCUUGGAUCUGUGGGGACACCGCGCUGGACAAGAACAUCCACGAGUCCGUCAGCGCUCAGAUCAAAAAGAACUUUGCUAAAAGCAAGUGGAAGCAAGCCUUCAAUGCCACGGCGGUGGUAAGGCACAUGCGGCGGCUGCAGCUGACCACCAACGUGGACGGGCCCAGCCAGACCACGCCCACCAGCCCCUGCCACGCCCUCAUGCUGCCCGAGGAGGAGGAGGAGGAUGAGGAGGAAGAUGUAGUCCACGCAGAGCAAGAGAGUUUGUCCCACUACGAGGACGGUCGCCGUGGUAGCGCGGAUGGCAGCGUGGACCGGGACAGUCUGAGAAGCUGUACCUACUGCUGCAGGCCGGCCAGCCGCGUCUGAGACCCCCCCCCCCUCCCUGGCCUCCCCCCCCAUCGCCGACACCCUUGCUGCCCACCAUGACGGUACUGAGCUACCAGGCAGCGCCCGGUGCCAGAUAAUCCCCCUGUCCCCCCAACGCGGGCGCAGCCCAGCAGCUCUAUGCUAAAGUGUGCUUAGGAGCAGGCUUGUCCAAAAAAAACCCUCCUCGCAAAAACGUCCGGGCAACAUGAACAUCUGUCCCAUGCCGAAUUAAUAUUAACCAGUCGUUUAGAGUACAGAGAUGGUAUCCCGAUCGGAACAUUAAGCUGAGUUUGUCGCGUCCGUGGCUGACCCCGCCACACACAAAGUCUAGCCUAAAUAGCCACCGCUGAUGUGAGGUUUUUCCCCCAUUUUCUUUCUUCCACACAAUAGUUCUUUCAUGUCCUGUAUGAGUUCCAUCCAACUCUAUUCAUGUUGGCUCCGCGCCCAGCUGACCGGAGGCUCUGCUCCGAACGUGACAGACUGCCCGGGCCUUAACCAAACCGACUCAGUCAGACUCAGAGUCUUCCUGUGUAGGCGACAGAAGUAUCGCGGCCAUGUUGGAUUAAGUUAACGGCACUUGCCCCUUUCUUUUCCCCCUCUUGUGUUAUACUGAAGAUUUUAUAAUCCGUUUAGCCCUUUGUUGUUUUAAUCUGUGCAACUCAGCAGACAUGUUGGAAAGUUGAAAUUACGAGGAACGCUUCGGACUGGGUUUGUGAGGAGAGCUUCCGCCUACGCCAAGUGACUGCAUGCUUCAGUAGGGGUGGGGAGGGGGUAGCAACUUUUAUAAAUAUCAAAAGGGAUGUAACGUUUUUAUUUUCAUUUGGCAGAGGCUCAAACUAAGAUCCGAAUGGACCUCAGAGUACGAGGAUGAGUCUGAUGGUGGCUAGAUGACUCAGUCACGGAGACUGGCCCAUGAGACCGCCCGGUAACUCUUAAUAUAACGAUCAGUCACGAGUCAUCUAUAAGCCUUUGGUUAACUGAACUAAUCAUCGACAAAACAUUGUUACUAACUAUGUUAAACAGCCCCUAUUUUACCACCAGCUGUAUUUGGCCUUUACAAAUCUUGUUGAAAUUGACCCUCUAGUGACAUCAAAAGUGGGAUUUUCCAACCCAGAUAUUGGGCAUGAGCACUUAUUGGUCAUCUACUAAUAUCCAUAUAUGUUUUGGUAACGAUUAGUUUAUCCUUAACUAAGGGCUUAUAAACAACUUAAAUAACUGAACUUUAUUACCUACCUCCCCCCCCCGACCUCAGAGGGAUCUGAGUCUGAGCUCUCAGCGACCUGUACAGUGCACCUCCAGUGGAACACGUUAUGAUUGAUUUAUUUUGUUUGGUCUCUCUUGUUUGCAUGACCUGGUGGAAUUAAUAUGUUUACAUGAACGACGAUCAGUUAUUAUUAAGACACACAAACACACACGCACACUCACAUGCACACAUGCUACUUAUUACUCUGUUGUAUUGAUUGAAAAUGAUGUAAUACUGUAAUUCUGAAUUAUAUAAUGUGAAGUGAGUUAUACCAGAAGUAAUGUCGUUGAUACAUGAAGGGAAACUAAAAAAAAGGAAAGGGAUUAGAAGGAGCACGGCUGGACUACCUUUUGAACACCUCUACAUUGAUUAUGACCUUGAAUACCUGAUGUCUUGUACUGUGUUAGUUUACACCUUUUGUUGUUCUCAUUCAUUCUGUGCUUACGUUUUUAUGUUGCACCACUAGCGUUCUUUAAGACCACAAUCUUUCAUCCGAUCACUGAGAAUCACAGAGGAAUAGUAGGGGAGAAACAGAGAACAGCUGUGGCUCUUAAUGGAUAGGCAUGCCAUUGCCCAUAGUGAACGUCAUAUGAUACACCUGUUUUCCCCUGAACCUCUGUGAUAAAGCCCUAUAGGGCUUGUACUGAUUUUUUUUGUUUGCGAUACCCCGCCGUUUUGUGAUGACUAAGGGAGUGCUACUAAAUCGAUGCAAACAUACCAUAACCUAAGCAAAUCCAAACUUUGUUUUUCCACGUCUCGCAUGAGAAACGCUGGGGGCAGUUUCAAACGCAACAAUGUCUCCCCAUUAUGAACAUUUAUUUCACGAUUAAUUACAAAACAACAGCCACGACACAAUUACUACCAAUAACCUUAAUUUGCUCCUAUGCUUCCAAAAUGCAGGUGGUCAAUGCGAUUUGACGUCACGAUGUACAAGCCCUAUACAGGUAUAGUGUUUAUAGUUAGACAGUAGGGUCAGCCCGGGCUCAGUCUUGUGGCGGAUCAUACCAUUUAGAAAAAAUAAGGCCACGAUUGUUAACGACCAAUAGCAAGCGAGACUUGCCGGGGUGUCGCUCAUAUAAGCUAAUGAGGCGAGCCGACUGAUUCAUUGGUUUGGUUCAAUUUUGUACCGCUCCCUGUCUCAGAGUCAAGUCAUCAGAGCUAUAAUCAUACGGAGGAAAUGAGGACGAUCACUCUGGGUUUCCAUGACUGAAAUCUUGAAAGAUAUGCAAAUUGUGCAUGAAGGGCUUUGUGUUACAUGUGCAAUAGUUAGAUGGUUGAUGUUAAUGAAUUUUUCCUUGGCUGUGUUUUUUUAAAGAUGUUUCUUUGACCCAUUCAAACACAUCCAGUGCAUAAAGAAACACGUGUAUAUUAUAUAUAUAUAAAUAUACAUAUAUAUUGUAUAUCCUUUUUUGUAAAAGCUGUUUUGAGCUCAAAUGUAUGGAUGCAGUGCAUCAUGGGACAUUGAUCAACAUGCAAGAAGAUUUGUACCCACGAAGACAUGAAUGCAGGGAAUGAAAUAAAACUUCUUGUCUAUGCA